ACGUGAAGCGACCGCCCGACGACGACGCCGCCGCCGGCCGGCGAUGGUCUAGGCGCCCUCGGCCGCCCCCUCCCCGUGCGCGAGCCCCGCUCCUCCCUCCCUCCCGCGCCCCCGUCCUCGCCGGGCCAGCCCGGGGGUGCGCUGCGGCGCCCGCCAGCAUGAGCGGCUCCUUCGACCGCAAGCUCAGCAGCAUCCUGACGGACAUCUCCAGCUCGCUCAGCUGCCAUGCGGGCUCCAAGGACUCGCCCACGCUGCCCGAGUCCUCGGUCACCGACCUGGGCUACUACAGCGCGCCGCAGCACGACUACUACUCGGGCCAGCCGUACGGGCAGACGGUGAACCCCUACAGCUACCACCACCAGUUCAACCUCAACGGGCUCGCGGGCGCGGGCGCCUACUCGCCCAAGUCGGAGUACACCUACGGGGCCUCCUACCGGCAGUACGGCGCCUACCGCGAGCAGCCGCUGCCGGCCCAGGACCCAGUGUCGGUGAAGGAGGAGCCGGAAGCCGAGGUGCGCAUGGUGAACGGGAAGCCCAAGAAGGUCCGAAAGCCGCGCACCAUUUACUCCAGCUACCAGCUGGCCGCCCUGCAGCGCCGCUUCCAGAAAGCCCAGUACCUGGCGCUGCCCGAGCGCGCCGAGCUGGCCGCACAGCUGGGCCUCACGCAGACACAGGUGAAAAUCUGGUUCCAGAACCGCCGGUCCAAGUUCAAGAAGCUGUACAAGAACGGGGAGGUGCCCCUGGAACACAGUCCCAACAACAGCGACUCCAUGGCCUGCAACUCCCCGCCGUCGCCAGCCCUCUGGGACACCUCCUCGCACUCCACACCGGCCCCUGCCCGCAGCCAGCUGCCCCCGCCGCUCCCGUACAGUGCCUCCCCCAGCUACCUGGACGACCCCACCAACUCCUGGUACCAUGCACAGAACCUGAGCGGGCCCCACUUACAGCAGCAGCCACCACAGCCCGCCACCCUGCACCACGCCUCCCCGGGACCCCCACCUAACCCCGGAGCCGUGUACUGAGCCCUGCCUGGCCUGUGCCCCCCCACGAAGGACCUGGGACCAGGCGGAAGAGCCUCCGUCCAAGCGACACUCAGGAAUCACCGAGGAGCACAGGGGAAAGGCCAGCUUUCUCCCUCCCCUGUCCCUUCUCCAGGGACCCAAGCAUUUCCAGAUGAGAUUGGCACAGACCGAGAAUGUCCCCUGAAGCUCCCUCUCCCUACUUAACACUGGGGUGCCCCUCCAGAUGUGGGCGCAGUCACCCCAGGGGGAGCUGGACUAGCUUUAACAAUUCAACACCUUCAAGCUCCUCUGCCCGGAGACCAGGGGACAGGGACAUGGAACGUUCGGAAGCUGAGCCUGGGCUGGGGCGCCAGGCACGAUGGAUCCUGACCCCUGCCACGCCGGGCCCUCUUCAGCAGCCUGGGGCCUCUCCUUCCUGCGGGGCCCUCCUGCCAAAAAGACAUUGGACAGCACGACUGGGACUCAGGGUGGGGACCUGCCCACCACCCGGCCUGCACUUGUAGCCCUCAUCCCAGAUUUGAGGGUUAAACCAAAGAAACCACCCCACGUGAGGGAAUCUUUUACUAUCUGGGAGCCUUUGGGGGAAGAAUCACAGGAACCAUCACCCCUUCCCCCUCCUCCCAGAGGGCAUCUCCCAUGUUUCUCCUAAGGACCCUGUUUCUUCCUCCUCCAUGUACAGGACUUUGCACAACCUUGGUUUUAAAAGCUGUUGAAAAAUAAGAAAGCAAAGGGCAUUGUGACCAGCUAGGACCAAAUCUUCCCUCGGGGUGGGCAGCUCUGUCCACCUCUGCCUCUCAACCUCUCCUCCUCCUCCUCAUCCUCCUCCUCCUCAUCCUCCUCAUCCUCCUCCUCCUCCUCUUCUUCUUCCUCUUUCUCCUCCAACAAGUUGGCAGGUUGGGUGCCAAACCCCAAAUCUCCACAGAGACAUGCCAGGCGAGACAAACCCCCAGACACCCCCUUUCCCGCGGCCUCAGAAGGAGGUUGCUCCGCUGAGCUGGAGCGGGUGAGUGUGGUGCUGGGGGGGAGGGCAGGGCUGUGACCCAGUGCCUUAGGGGUGAGGGCUGGCUGCCAGGAGGGCUGGCCCAGGCGUCCCCCCAGAGCUAACCCGUCUCCACCCCUGAUGUGGUGAAACAGGGAAGACGAGGAGGUAAAGACUGUAGCUAUAUAUAUAGAGUAAGUAUUUUUUUUUAAGAGCAACAGAGAGAAGCGGCCUCCUCCCUCCUGUGGCUUCCUAUUUAUGUGACCUUUUUUCUCCUGGAUGGAUCGCCCUGUGCGUGGAGAAGAGAGUGAUGUGGGCUCUGGCUGGAUUUGGGUUUUGUGGGAGGUGUAGGAGUGAGGAGAGAUGGGGUGGGUCUCCAGGUCCCACCCUGGGGGGACGGAACGAAGCCAGCUCCCACCCAUCCUGGCCUUCUCGAUUCUGCUUUCUUACUGGACCCGUCUUUAUAUAUAAUGUUAAUAAAAAAGAAGAAAAGAA